AUGUCUGGCUUUCUCGGUAAGGUCACCGGGCGGGACAAAGCUGGCUCGCCCGCGCAAGAAGGCAAAGCUCCAGAAGGUGCCAAUCCCGACGAUACCGAAGUUCUCGAUGAGGGCGACAAGAGCAUUCUCAUGGGCAUCAUCAGUCAACUCCGUCCCGGUGUCGACCUCAGUAGAAUCACGUUACCCGUCUUUGUGCUCGAACCCCGCUCGAUGCUCGAGAGAGUCACCGACUUUCUCAGCAGUCCGGAUCUUAUCUUCGGAACUGGAUCGAAUCCCGACUCGAAGGAGCGCUUCAUCCAAGUGCUCAGAUACUUUCUUGCGGGCUGGCAUAUCAAGCCAAAGGGCGUGAAGAAACCGUACAACCCCAUAUUGGGCGAGUUCUUCAGAUGCAGAUACGACUACAAUGACGGCACAGUAGGCUACUACAUCGCCGAACAGGUCUCGCAUCACCCACCCAUCUCUGCUUACUACUUCGUCUCGCCCGAGAACAGCCUCGUCAUCUAUGGCGAACUCCGACCGAAGAGCAAGUUCUUGGGCAACUCUGCUGCGACAAUCAUGGAAGGGACAUCAAAGGUCAAGUUCCUCGAUAAGCCAGAGGACGGCGAAUACAUCAUCUCCAUGCCGAACAUGUAUGCUCGCGGUAUUCUGUGGGGCAAGAUGGUGCUCGAGAUUGGCGAUGUCAGUCACGUCGAGAAUGCUGCGAACGACAUGACGUGCGACAUCGAAUUCAAGAGCAAGCCUUUCUUCGGCGGCACCUACAACUCUUUGCACGGUCAUGCGAAGGAAGGCAAGAAAUCUGAAUUCGCGGAGAUCAGUGGCAAGUGGAGCGAAGUCAUGGAGAUCAAGCGUGACGGCGAGAAGAAGGUCCUGUUCGAUGCCGGCAAAGCGGACGUGACGCCAAAGAGUGUAUCUGAUGAAGCUGACCAACUCGAUCACGAGUCCCGAAAGCUAUGGAGCAAGGUCACUGCCGCGAUCAAGAAGAACGAUCUCGAUGCUGCCACCGAUGCAAAGACGGCGAUCGAAGAUGCGCAGCGGGAUCGCGCAAAGGAUCGCGACCACAAGAGCGAGACUCAUGAGCCGAAGUACUUUGUGCUCAAAGGCGACGAAUGGGCGCCCAAGUUUGAUCUGCCUUCUGACCCGAAAGAGGCCAGCAAAGCGGUAGCAGAAUGGAUUUACGGCAGCGACAAGCAGCCGCCAUCACGCGCAUCAUGA